UAGAGAGUGGGAAGGGCAGCAGCAGCAGAGAAUCCAAACCCCAAAGCUGAUACCACAAAGUAGCAUUUCUCCACGUUGGGGGCUCAGAGGGGAGCCAUCAUGAGCGAUGUUACCGUGGUGAAAGAAGGCUGGGUUCAGAAGAGGGGAGAAUAUAUAAAAAACUGGAGGCCAAGAUAUUUCCUUUUGAAGACAGAUGGCUCAUUCAUAGGAUAUAAAGAGAAACCUCAAGAUGUGGAUUUACCUUAUCCCCUCAACAACUUUUCAGUGGCAAAAUGCCAGUUAAUGAAAACAGAACGACCAAAGCCAAACACAUUUAUUAUCAGAUGUCUCCAGUGGACCACUGUUAUAGAAAGAACAUUUCAUGUAGAUACUCCAGAGGAAAGGGAAGAGUGGACAGAAGCUAUUCAGGCUGUAGCAGACAGACUUCAGAGACAAGAAGAGGAGAGAAUGAAUUGUAGUCCAACUUCACAAAUUGAUAAUAUAGGGGAGGAGGAGAUGGAUGCUUCCACAACCCAUCAUAAAAGAAAGGAACGACACCGGGUGACAAUGAAUGAUUUUGACUAUUUGAAACUACUAGGUAAAGGCACUUUUGGGAAAGUUAUUUUGGUUCGAGAGAAGGCAAGUGGGAAAUACUAUGCUAUGAAGAUUCUGAAGAAAGAAGUUAUUAUUGCAAAGGAUGAAGUGGCGCAUACUCUGACUGAGAGCAGAGUAUUAAAGAACACCAGACACCCCUUUUUAACAUCCUUGAAAUAUUCCUUCCAGACAAAAGACCGUUUGUGUUUUGUGAUGGAAUAUGUAAAUGGGGGAGAGCUGUUUUUCCAUUUGUCGAGAGAGCGGGUGUUCUCCGAGGACCGCACACGUUUCUAUGGUGCAGAAAUUGUCUCUGCUUUGGACUAUCUACAUUCCGGAAAGAUUGUGUACCGUGAUCUCAAGUUGGAGAAUUUAAUGCUGGAUAAAGAUGGCCACAUAAAAAUUACAGAUUUUGGACUUUGCAAAGAAGGGAUCACAGAUGCAGCCACCAUGAAGACAUUCUGUGGCACACCAGAAUAUCUGGCACCAGAGGUGUUAGAAGACAAUGACUAUGGCCGAGCCGUGGAUUGGUGGGGCCUGGGGGUCGUCAUGUAUGAGAUGAUGUGUGGGAGGCUACCUUUCUACAACCAGGAUCAUGAGAAACUUUUUGAACUAAUACUAAUGGAAGACAUUAAAUUUCCUCGAACACUCUCUUCAGAUGCAAAAUCACUGCUUUCAGGGCUCUUGAUAAAGGAUCCAAAUAAACGCCUUGGCGGGGGCCCAGAUGAUGCAAAAGAAAUUAUGAGGCACAGUUUCUUCUCUGGAGUCAACUGGCAAGAUGUUUAUGAUAAAAAGCUUGUACCUCCUUUUAAGCCUCAAGUUACAUCUGAGACAGAUACCAGAUAUUUUGAUGAAGAAUUUACAGCUCAAACUAUUACAAUAACUCCACCUGAAAAAUAUGACGAGGACGGCAUGGACUGCGUGGACAACGAGCGGCGGCCGCACUUCCCUCAGUUCUCCUACUCCGCCAGCGGCCGCGAGUAAGGCCCCCGUCCUGCCCCUUCACUGUCAUCCCAGAUUUCCUCCUCAAGAUGAUUCCCGGACAUCACACCAGUUGUAGCUCUUACAAAGCAGGAGCGCCUCCAGACACCCAGCCCACUCUCACCCCCACGAGAACACACAUGGACGCAAACACACUUGUUUGUUUUUGCAUGAAAUUGUAUCUCCGUCUACGGUCUCAUGCCGCUGCUGCUACUGUCUUACUAUUCUAGCAACUUUAAGAGGUAAUUUUACAAUCUUUGGAAGUCAUGAGCCCACCAUUGUUCAUUUGUGCACCAAUUGUCAUCUUUCGAUCUUUUAGUUUUUGUUUUUCCCUAACAGUGAAGGCUAAAUGAGAUACACUGAUUCUAGGUACAUUUUUUAACUUUCUAGAAGAUACAUCAAAAACUAAUUAGACUAAGAAGAUUUAGUUUAUAAUUCAGAACAAGCAAUUGUGGCAGGGUGGUGAUGUGCAUAUGCAGAAUUGUAGGAAGGCGUAAGAGAUCAGUGCGUAUGGUGGGGAUCGCGCACUCAGACCUGGCCGGAAUCCUUAGGGAAACAUCUGAGAGAAGGACCGAAUGACUGUUGAGAUAGAGCGCUAGAUGCACACGCAGUCCCUGAUGGACACUGCAGAGGAAGCCCGCUGUGCCACCCGGACGUCCAGAUUUCAUGGGCGGUCGUUGGCAAGACGGACACUGCUCUUCCAAGGAAGGAGGCAUAUGCACAGCAGAGGCAAGGUCACUUACAGGCUCGAUGACACGAUUUGCACCAGAGAGCUUUUUUUUUUUUCCCCCCAACUGUGCUUGGAAACCUUUUUCCCUUCUUGAUAUUUAUCACCUCUGAUGGCUGAAGAAUGUAGACAGGUAUAACGAUCCUGCUUUUCACCAAAAUUUGUACACCAAGGUAAACAGGUGUUUGCCUUAUUUGUUUUAAGUUUUGACUUUCAGUUCUACGUGAAUUAGCUUUUUCUCGGAUGUUAAAACUUUGAAUGUCCUUUUAUGAUUUUGUUUAUAUUGCAGUAGUAUUUAUUUCUUAGUGAAGAAAAUUGUGUGUCAUGUUAGCAAAUGCAGCUCCAACUUACAUGAACUAGACUCACUGCAGUUUAUUUUGACCCAUGUGCAAGGAAUGUACACGGCAAUGAGAAUCAUGCACUUUUUCUCCUUUGUAACAAAAUUUCAUGAGGCUCUGAAAUUGUACACAUUGGUUAGAAUUGGGCUUUGGGAGAAGAGAUGCUGGCACUGAACCCCUUGGUGCUCAAAGGGAGAAAAUCCCCAGCUCUCCAUGCCGAGGGGUUGAGACAGAAGGAUGUUGCUGUUGACCGUUUGAGAAAGGAAACGCUCUGACGGCCCAGCAACGUCUCGCCAUGAAAGGAACUGUGACCGGCGUGACCGUGACAAAGGCACCGUACUUGGCAAAAUGCACACAUCUCGAGUAUUCACAAAGUAGGCAGUAAGGGGUAAGAACCUGGUGUGUUUAUUCUGAUCAUGGUACAUUUAUCACUGAAUUAAGCCAUCAGGGAGAAAACAAAACAACACACACAAAAAGAACACCUCCAACUUUUCUUUUUCUGUAUAUAUUCAUGUCCCCAAAUUCCAACAUUUCUCACUGAAAGGGGACAUGUAUGCAAACCUCAUCUUUCUCCUUCAUUAAUGAUGAUCUUCAGAUUAAACCCUUUGGUGCUAGGAGCUGACAUUUUCCAAAGCAGCCUAUGAAGUCCAGGGGCUGGGGGCGCUCGCCGCGGCCGCGGGAGGCCAGCCGGCCCCGUGGAGCGAUCGUGGAGAUGUCUGUAGUCACACGUUCUGACAGCUCCCCGUGGAACACUGCGGCAUGACGUGGUAUGACGACUCAGAUGCAUUGUGUGGAAGAGCAAGUGACUUUCUAUGUAGGAUGAAUCAUAUUCAUACGCAGAUGUCUUAGCCUCGUGGCGCUGGAAGUGUGGAUCUGUAGAUGAGACACCACUGCUGGCGGUGGGCGGGCCACUGGGACUGACGGGGGUCAAAGGGCAUUUUACUAAGGCAGCUAAGACAUAUUCAGACAUAGGUUUUAUCCUAAUUUUUCAUGUUCCUACCUGAGUGAAGUUCAUCCUUAGCAUUGAGUAGGAAGUUACAGGACAUGGUAGUUCAUUCUUACUUACACAUGUCGCUUCACUUUUUCUCCCUCCUUGGAAUUCUGUUGAAUGUUUCACUUUGACCAGAAAGUAGACUAGACGGUAUGUCCUGUAAGUUGUCUCACAUCCAUUUUAUCCAAGAGGAACAGGUAGAGGCAGAGAAGGCGGCUGAGGCUGGCUGAUGUUUGUGCGGAGCAGCCCUCUGUCUCGAGGAGGGUGACCCCGUACACUAAGGACUUGGAUAGCUUCCCCCCAGCAACCUUAAGGUGAUUUCCUGUAACCUUGGCCAAGGACACUUCCUGAGGAUGAAUGAC